AUAAUGAAACUGCUGUCUAUACACUGAUGCCGAUGGUCAUGGCUGACCAGCACAGAUCUGUCUCAGAGCUGCUAUCAAAUUCAAAAUUUGAAGUGAAUUAUGCAUUUGGACGUGUCAAGAGAAGUUUGCUUCAUAUUGCAGCAAACUGUGGAUCAGUUGAAUGCCUUGUUCUGUUAUUAAAAAAAGGAGCAAAUCCAAACUAUCAGGACAUUUCAGGAUGCACACCUCUCCAUUUAGCAGCAAGGAAUGGCCAGAAGAAAUGUAUGAGCAAGCUGCUGGAAUACAGUGCAGAUGUCAACAUUUGUAAUAAUGAAGGCUUGACUGCAAUUCAUUGGUUGGCUGUUAAUGGACGAACAGAAUUGCUUCAUGAUCUUGUUCAGCAUGUCAGCAAUGUAGAUGUUGAAGAUGCAAUGGGUCAGACAGCCCUUCAUGUCGCUUGUCAGAAUGGACACAAGACAACGGUGCAGUGUCUGCUGGACAGCGGUGCGGAUAUAAACAGGCCCAAUGUGUCAGGGGCAACUCCCCUCUAUUUUGCUUGCAGCCAUGGUCAGAGAGACACUGCACAAAUUCUUUUGAUGAGAGGAGCCAAAUAUUUACCAGACAAAAAUGGUAUCACUCCGCUGGAUCUCUGUGUACAGGGUGGUUACGGAGAGACUUGUGAAGUCUUAAUACAGUAUCAUCCUCGACUCUUUCAGACAAUAAUUCAAAUGACACAGAAUGAAGAUCUAAGGGAAAACAUGUUGCGGCAAGUUCUGGAACAUCUGUCUCAGCAGAGUGAAAGCCAGUAUCUUAAAAUCCUAACAAGCCUUGCUGAAGUUGCUACAACAAAUGGUCACAAACUGCUUAGCUUGUCAAGUAAUUAUGAAGCUCAAAUGAAGAGUCUCUUAAGGAUCGUGAGGAUAUUUUGCCAUGUCUUUCGCAUUGGCCCAUCCUCUCCCAGUAAUGGAAAUGACAUGGGCUACAAUGGAAAUAAAACUCCAAGAAGUCAGGUGUUCAAGGUCAGAAAAGUAUAUGAUGUUGUUAGGAAGAUAGACGUUAAAGAGAUGAAUUUCACAAAGCAUGCAUUCAUUAAUCAGACAUCUCAUGAACAGGAA